AUAACAUCUUCCUAGAAACUACCGAAUGACACAAAAAAGAUUCCUUUCUCUGUUUCUGUAAAUUAAAAAAGCAAAGAGAUAAAUAACCCUUGUUCUACAAGCUUCUGUCGGUUACUUUUCUCAUCAUCACUUCCAUUCCAACGACCACUCUUCCACAAAAACUUGUACCUUCUUUAUUUCUCAUCGCUUUUUGGUCACUGUUGUUUAAAUUUCUCAAAUUCAUUCUUUGUUAUUAUUACUAUUUCUUUUUGUUUUUUCUUGUCCCUUUAUUCAACGAAUGGUUACCUUAAUUUACUAGAUCUGUUUUUCUUCUGUCUCUUAAACUUCUAAUUAAGCAAAGUUUCAACCUUGUAACCGUCUUCAGCUAGAUAAAUAUCUCUGUAAUCAAAAUAAGAAAAGUUUAAUUUUGUUGUUGUUAAGAUUCUGUUAUUUGCAAUAAACAUGUUUUCUACAGAUACCCUUGUGGGGAAUUUUCCUGAUUCAGUGUGUAUGUUUGGAAACAUUCCUGUGUCUGUUUUCUCAAGCCAGAAUCCAGAAAAUGGGUUCAAGGUGGAAGAUUCAGAUUCAACAUCCCCUUCAAACCAUUCAGAAUCUUCUGAGAGUAGUAAAUAUUCUAAUCCUAUUCUUAGAUACAUAAGUGAUAUCCUCAUGGAUGAAGAAGAUGAUUUGGAACGCAAACCCUGCAUGUUGCAGGAUUGUUUGAGACUCCAAGCUGCUGAAAAAUCAUUUUUUGAUGUUCUAGGUCAAAAUAAACCCAACCAACAGUACCAAGAUUUUACUUUAGAUGAUAAUUUUGGUGGAGGAAUAGGAAUUAGUACUAGUUCUGAAUGCUAUAGUAAUAGUAGUAACACCACUGAUAAUUCUAUUGUUGAUUAUGAUUCCCAAGAAAACACCUAUGAGGUACUUGAUGGAAUGCCUCAUAAUCAAUUUAGAGACACUGAUACACAAGGUGUUUUCCAUUUUCCAAAUGGUGAUUGGAAGAUGAAUGAAGAGGGUACUAUGGUUUGGGGUUCUAGAGGGUCAAGGGAAAAGAGAGGUCAUCUAAUGAAUGGUGUUGAUAUCUCACAUGAAGAAGAUCUGAGAAGUAGCAAGAUUUCAGCUGUUUAUUAUGAUGAUACUGAGUUAUCAGAGAUGUUUGAUGAGGUACUUCUUUGUAGGGAUGGUAAAAGUCCAUCCUUUUUGUGUGCCAAUUCUGAAUCAUCAAAUUCACAGAUUUCUAGUUCAGGAGGAUCUAAAUCUAAUGGAAAAACAUCGCGUUCUAAGAAAGGUUCCAAUAAGGGUACUGCAAAUCUAACUACUACAGUAGAUUUAUGGACUUUAUUAACUCAAUGUGCACAAGCUGUUGGUGGCUACGAUCAAAGCAAUGCAAAUGAAAUACUUAAGCAGAUUAGGCAGCAUUCUUCGCCUCAUGGCGAUGGACUCCAGCGUUUAGCUCAUUACUUCGCCAAUGGCCUUGAAGCGCGAUUAUUUGCUGGGACACCGAUGUAUAAACUCCUAAGUUCAGCAUCUUCUGCAGAUAUGUUAAAAGCCUAUAAAGUAUACAUCACAGCAUCUCCAUUUCAAAGGAUGUCAAAUUUCUUAGCCAACAGAACUAUUCUGAAGCUGGCACAAAAUAAAAGUAGUCUUCACAUUAUUGACUUUGGUGUUUUCUAUGGCUUCCAGUGGCCUUGUCUUAUUCAGCGUCUUUCAGAAAGAGCCGGCGGGCCUCCAAGGCUUCGUAUCACAGGAGUUGAUCUUCCUCAGCCAGGAUUUAGGCCUGCGGAAAGGGUUGAGGAGACGGGUCGGCGGCUUGAGAAGUACUGCAAGAGAUUUGGAGUUCCAUUUGAGUACAAUUGCCUAGCACAGAAAUGGGACACUAUAAGACUCGAGGAUCUCAAGAUUGAUAGAGAAGAAGUAACAGUUGUUAACUGUUUAUACAGAUUGAAGAACCUUUCAGAUGAAACGGUGACGGCGAAUUGUCCAAGAGAUGCUGUGUUGGGGUUGAUCAGGAGGAUUAAUCCAAACAUCUUCAUACAUGGUGUAGUGAAUGGAACUUAUAAUGCACCAUUUUUUCUUACUAGGUUCAGAGAAGCACUGUUCCAUUUCUCAUCAUUGUUUGAUAUGCUUGAGGCUACUGUGCCGCGCGAAGAUCCAUAUAGGUUGAUGUUUGAGAAAGGGUUGUUUGGAAGGGAUGCAGUAAAUGUGGUAGCUUGUGAGGGAGCAGAGAGAGUUGAAAGGCCAGAGACUUACAAGCAGUGGCAGGUUAGGAACAAGAGAGCAAGGUUUAAGCAAGUCCCAUUGGAACCAGAAUUGGUGGAUAAAGUGAAAGAAAUGGUGAAGAAGGAAUAUUCAAAAGAUUUUGUAGUUGAUGAGGAUGGGAAGUGGGUUUUGCAGGGAUGGAAAGGGCGUAUUCUGCAUGCUGUUUCUUGUUGGGUUCCUGCUUAAAAAAAUCACCAAACCACUUAUAGCACACUCUUCUCUAGGGAAUUUCUCUUUCUUUUUUUCUGUACUAGUUUGUUUCUGAACUGUAUACUGUAAAGUAGUACUCAGUAAGGGUAUAUUAGUAUUGGGUUUAAGAGGGUUUAAAUCUUCAUAGUGUAUUUUAAAUUGAAUUUAAAGAUUGAAUAUAUUCUUACUUAUGUAUUAUAUGUACAAGUUUGUAUCAGUUGAUGCAUUGGCAGUAGAUAGUAUAGGCAUUUGCAAUGUUAUGUUCUUUUCUUUCUUUCUGCAUGUAUAACUA